AUGGACCUAGCAUUCGGAGCAGACGACUCAAAGAAAAGAAAAGGACCCUCAAAGAACUGGACUGAGAGAGAAAUCGAAGAGGAAUUAAAGAAGUUAGAUGCCAAGAUCGAGGAUGCCAAGACCAAUUCAGGUGAUGUUGAAGUCAGAGAUGCUAUUCUAGACAAGGCUAUGUUCUUGAAGCAGGAAGCAAGAGAUUAUCCAGAGGCUGAGAAAGUAUUCAGAGAGGCAUAUGUCAAGUCUGGUGGCGCUUCAAAGAAGAUGGAAUUACUUUUCGAGAUCCUUCUUAUGAAUAUUGAGAAGUUUGAUAUUGAUUCUGUGAAGAAAGAUGUUACCCUGUGCAAAUAGUUGGUAGACGAAGGUGCUGAUUGGGAUAAGAAAAACAAGCUAAAGAUCUUUGAAGGAGUUUACUGCAUGCUUAUCAGAGAUCUCAAGAGAGCAGCAGAACUAUUUAUGAGCUCUAUUGCUACCUUCACCUGUGUGGAGUUAAUGGAAUACAAGGAUUUCGUUUUCUAUACAGUAGUAACAGCAAUGGUUACUCAAGACCGUAAAACAAUCAGAAAGGAGGUAGUACACUCCCCAGACAUUUUGGCUGUAAUUAGAGAUAUUCCAUUCCUCAGAUAGUAUAUGGAAAGUUUCUAUAACUGCGAGUAUAAGCAAUUCUUCGAGGCAUUCGUUGAGAUCAUUGAUGCUAUUAAAAGAGACAAAUACCUCCAAACUCAUGCUAACUAUUUCAUCAAGGAGAUGAGACUUGUAGCUUAUAGACAGUAUUUAGAGUCAUUCAAGUCAGUGACCAUUGAGAAUAUGGCCAGAGCAUUCGGUGUACAGCCAGACUUCAUCGAUAAAGAACUUUCAAACUUCAUUUACAUUGGUAAAAUCAACUGCAAAAUUGAUAAAGUAUCUGGGGUAAUCGAGUCGAACAGACCAAACAAAAAGGCUGAGCUAUUCACUAAUACUAUUAAGUCAGGUGAUGCUCUACUCAAUAGAAUAUAGAAACUAGCUAGAGCUCUUGAUAUUUGA